AUGGCAGCGGACGACCUUCACGACCUUCAUACUUCCUCCUAUGAAGCAGGAGAUGAUGUACAUAUGUAUGACUUUGGAAACGAAGGAGGGACUUUCGAGCGAGCAUCUGGAGAGAGAACUCGGGAUGAGGAUAGAGAUGCAGAACCCCCGGUCGCCUUUGAACAUGGCUACACAUUCCUGAGUCUAUUUGAUUCUGACGAAAAUAGCAUCUACCGCAAAACCAACCUUUACUAUCUGUUUUCAAGUCGGAGAGAAUGGCAAAUUGCGGCGUGGCUUCUGCAUUCCGGACUAAGCAUGGGGAAAAUCGAUUCGUUUCUAGCAUUGGAGAUGAUCCAGGAUCUACGUCUGUCAUUUCACUCAGCAAAAGAGUUACGAGGCCGAGCUGAAACACUACCAAGUGGUCCGCGUUGGAAAUCCCAAGUCAUUUGUACGUCUCAUGAUACAAAAUCACCAGUUGUUCUCUACUGGUGGGAUCCGAUUGACUGCAUCAGCAAUUUAUUCAAUCACCCUUUAUUUCACAACCGUAUGGACUUGACGUCUCGCAAAGUUUAUACCACGGCACGGAAGCUAUCUCGGGUGUAUACUGAAUGGAUGAUGGGUGACCAUGCAUGGGAAAUGCAGUCGGCGCUACCUUGUGGCGCAACACUCCUUGGUACUGUCUUGUCUUCGGACAAGACAUGUAUCACUGCAUUGACAGGUGAUCGUGUCACACAUCCCCUCCUUCUCAGUCUUGCAAAUAUUCACAUGAACACACGGCUCAAAUUGUCCUCAAACGCCUUCGUACUUACUGCCCUGCUACCCAAGAAACGAAUGAAGGGUGUGUUACAGGAUCGGCUUAUUCACCAGUGCCUGGACAUUGUAUUAGAACCAUUGAAGUCGGCUACUCGAGAAGGCGUCAUGUUAGCAACAACUCUCGCACAGCUAGAUGUUGUGCACUCGUGUGCUGAUCAAAACGAUAUUGAAGCAUUUUUCCGGGAAUCGCAGAAGUUCCGACUGAAUGGUGUCACAAAACCAUUCUGGAGUGAUUGGGUCUUAGUGGAUCCUGACCGGUUUCUCACACCUGAAUCACUGCACUCUGAGAUAGACUUUCUAUUUUCCAUCCUGCAGCCCACCACUGGUUAUCGGCAUUUUCACGAAGGCAUCUCAAAACUCAAGCAAGUCACAGGUCGUUGCCAUCGAGACAUUCAGCGAUCAAUUAUCGCAGUCUGCGCAGAUGCAGCACCCUCUGGUAUCAUUGUUGCUGUCCGUGCACUCAUGCACUUUCAUUACCUUAUACAAUCGCCACACAUCAAUGACCAUGAUAUCUGUCGCAUCUCAGCUGCAUUAGACGAGUUUCACGCCAAUAAACAUGCAAUCAUCAGCACUGGAGUUCGCCGAGGAAAAAGCCGUACCGUUAUCGACAACUGCUCUGGCGUUAUGGGACAGUGGUCUGCGGAUGUCACUGAGCAUGCGCAUAUUACGGUAGUAAAAGACCCCGCGAGAUCCAGCAACAACAACAACUACGAUCCCCAAAUCUGUCGUCAUCUUGACCAAGACGAAUUUGCGAAUGAGGAUGACGAGACUGACAGCGAUGUGGACGACACACCCGCAGGACUACCCUCCACAUCUCGACAACCCGGACAGCCGCGUCCUACUACAAACUAUUUUGUGAUCGCCAAGAUGCUCCAGCAAAGGGAAAUGGGAUCAGUGCCGGUCCCAUUACGCACCUUUGUCAUUGGACGGACAGCCUUUCAUCUUGCUUACGAUCCUUCUAUUAGGAGCAUUACUCUUGAUGAAGUUGCCAUCAAGUUUGGCCUACCAGAUCUGCGCCCAGCUAUGGCUGAUUAUCUUCACCGUGAGGUGACUUACAGCAACCACAUUCACUCGAUUGGUGGUCCCAGAAGGGCUGGACAUAACGCCGAACUUCCAUUUCAUAAGGUUCAAGUCUGGUUUAAAGUCCGUUUACAGGAGACGGAAUUUCACGACAUCUGCGAUAUUUGCCCAGCUCAGACAUUAAACUGCGUGCCACCCAGCGACCCCUGGACAUUUGGCCGUUAUGAUAAUGUCAUUAUCCAGACUAGCACAGAGCACUCUUGGCCUGCUAGUAGUCUCACAGACCAAUUUGUUGCCUAUGUCCAAUGUUUCGAUAUCUCUAGUGAACGUGAUCCAACUACUCAGUUGCACCUGAGAGCGCCUGUCAACCUCAUUCCCCGCUUUGGUGCUGCUGCAGAUAAGCGCCUCACACCCUAUAAUAGCAUGGAGCAUGCAACUGAGUUUUGGUUAAAUUAUUUUUGGGACAAAAACACCUUUUUUGUCCUAUCAUCGUAG